AUGGUCAAACCCCUAUCGUUCAAGGGCGACAAGAAGCCCAAGAAGAGAAAGCGCACGGAGGCUGAGGCCCAGGAGCGCGAUGUACAUAGCGGCGAGGUUAUCCGUACGAACAGUGCCGUAGGCACGGAAGAGAAUGCGGACGAUGACGAUAGCUGGGUGGCUGCCGAUGCUGUGCCGGAUGUCGUUGGGCCCAUUAUGUUCGUGCUGCCGACGGACCCCCCUACCGCACUGGCAUGCGACGCCGUCGGCAAGGUGUUUACGCUGGGGAUCGAGAAUAUCGUCGACGCGAACCCGGCGACGGCGGAGCCGCACGACGUGCGACAAGUGUGGGUUGCGAACAGGAUAACAGGGACGGAACAAUUCAGGUUCAAGGGCCAUCACGGGCAGUAUCUGGGAUGCGACAAGAACGGCGUCUUGUCCGCGACAUCGGCCGCCGUGUCGCCCCUCGAAUCGUUCAACAUCAUCGCGACAGCAGACACCCCUGGCACCUUCCAGAUCCAGACGCUGCGCGACACCUUCCUCACCGUCAAGCCGCCGAAGUCUAACGUUACGACGUUUGACGUCCGCGGCGAUGAGGAGUCCAUCACAUUCAACACCACGUGGCGUAUCAGAAUGCAGGCAAGGUUCAAGCCACGGCUUAAAGCAAGCAAGGAGGAGAAGGCAAAGGAGAAGAUCAGUCGUAAGGAACUAGAAGAGGCUGUGGGCCGUAGGCUCGAGGAUGAUGAAGUGAGAAAACUGAAGAGAGCGAGGAGGGAGGGCGACUAUCACGAACAGUUGCUUAUGCUGAAAGUAAAGGGGAAACACGACAAGUACGGCUAA